CUGAACUGAAGCUUGAGGCAUUGUCUAUCACUGAUUUUUUUGAGAUGAUAUGGUGUCCCCAGGCAAUGAGAUGAUGAUGGGAGAUGGUCUAGGUACCUUGAUUGUUGAGGACCAGUCCUUCUUUAACCAACACUCUAACAUGGAAGUCAUCCUCUUCAUGCUGGCUUUCUUUGCCUACAUGGUCCUCUAUGUGGUCUAUCAGCCAAAGAAGGAUGGGGAACAAAAAGAGAACCCAAGGAGGGUGCGCAGGACUGAGUCACGCUACCGCAGGACUAGGAUCUUUGACGUCUUGGGCCUGUCGUUGGACCAGUGCAAUAGCUUCCGUGCUUUCCUAGAUCGGUUUUCAACUUACGAGGAGGUGGCCCGGGCUGUCAAACUUGCAGGGAUUACGAGGAGUGAUAUGAUUAUUGGCGUGGACUUCAGUGCCAGUAAUGAAUGGCAGGGGCGUAAGUCUUACAAAUUUGGUCACAACUUACACGACAUUGCAAAUGGGAAGACCUUCAAUCCUUACCAGCGGGUAUUAUCAAUUAUAGGAUCUACGUUAGAGCAGUUUGACUCAGAUCAUAUGAUCCCUGUUUAUGGUUUCGGGGACAAAAUCACGCGGGACGAAGCUGUGUUUCCAUUCAAGGAGACGGGGUUACCCUGUGUUGGGUUCAUUGAUGUCUUAGAAAAAUACCAUAAGGUGGCCAGAACAGUAGAACUUGGAGGCCCAACAAGUUUUGAACCUAUCAUUAGGAAAGCAAUAGAACUAGUUCAAGAUAAACAGUCGUACCAUCUACUCCUCAUUAUCACUGAUGGACAAAUCAAAGAUGCAGAAAGGACAGGGAAGGCUAUUGUGGAGGCUUCCAAUCAUCCGAUCAGUAUCAUCGUCAUCGGUGUUGGUGAUGGACCUUGGGAUGAGAUGGAGAACUAUGACGAUAAUCUCCCACAGAGAAAAUUUGACAAUUUUCAGUUUGUCAACUUCCAUCAAGUCUGCAGCAAGGCAAAGUACGCAGAGACUGCAUUUGCACUUCAUGCACUCAUGGAAGUACCAGACCAAUAUCAAGCAAUUUGUUCAUUAGGAUACCUGACUAAUGGAAUACCUCCACUCACAGACAACAAUGAUAAUACAAAGAAACUGAAAUAGCCUUAUAUUAAAAGUGUACUAUGUCUUUUGUACUAACUUGCUAUUAAAUUGAAGUAUUUUCCUCUCCUAAUAUUUGUGGAGACAUAUUCAUAUGUUGUUAAUUGUUAAUUUGAUCUUUCAUAUAUUUUGAAUGCAUACAUGUAUUUGUUAAAGUGGUAGAGCCUUGGCUGUAAUUGCUUUACAAUGUAUUGAUUGAGUUUAUUUUCUUAUACUUUUCCCUUUUUCAUUUUUAUUGUACCAUUAGAACUUUCACACGCAGCAAAGCUUGGAUACAUCUCUCAAAUGUUUUAGUUGAAUGUGUACAUGAUUUGGACAAAUAAAGUCUUAGAAUUUUAGUGAAAAAUAUAGUGUCUUUAUUUUUUAAUGCAACUUUUGACGAUGACAUUAUUAUAUUUAUUGAGGCGAUAUAUACAACCCUAUAGGAAUGUCAGAACUGGGCUUUACUAUGUGACAAUGGGCCUCUGCAUAAAUUUGAUUAAGUUUAUGUUAACAAUAAUACCAAAAAAAAGUUUAUAUGUACUAAUGAUGUAUUAAUUGGCAAUAACUUCUCAUUAAACAUACAUUUGAAUAAAUGAAAAGAAUUAAUGUUUCUUUUACAUGCAGGUAUUGCUUUAUAAACUUUAUGCCUCAAAGUGGACUACCAAGCUUUUUUUCUUUUGAAUUAGAAAAAUUGUAUUAGUCUGUUAAGUUUCCAGCUGAAUAUCUUCUUCCUGAUCUUAAAAAUAAAAGAAUAGUCUGAAUUCUUACCAGGCAAUUUUAGAAUGUGGAUUCAAAUAUCAAUAUUUGCAACAUAUUUCUUUUCUCAUAUCUUGAAAUAUAAAUUACAUACUGGUAGUCUUGUUUUCAAAUGGACAUUUGAUACCCAUCAGAGAGCACUCUCAUAAUGAAUGCCUCAUCCGUAAUCUUUCAAAAAUGACAUUUAAAAUGAAUAAUUUUGUCCUUGAUGUGUGAUGUUACAAAAAGUGCAAUGAAAGUUUGCUUUCCUUUUGAGAUCUGUUCAAAUGAUUGGAUGAUGCCAAAUAAUAAAUAUGUAUGCAUAGAAUGUAGGUUAGAUCAUAAAUUACUAUUUUGUUUCAUUGCUUGCUGAUUUGAAGUACAUUCUUUAUGAUGUAGAUUUACCUUUGCUCAUUAUACUGAUCAGUGUUUCGUUCCAUGCAGUUUGCUUAUUUAAGGUUUGCUUUACUCUCUUCCUUACAUUUUCCCUUUUUUUUCUUUUACCACUUGCCUCUACUUAUAUCUUUGGGUGUGUUUUUAACACAAUUCUUACACAUGAAUGUAUAUUAUGUUGGAUUCUAGACCAAUACCAGGGUGACAAGUGGAUGUAUUUCUCCAAGCACAAGCAAUGUUUAUGUCUUUCAAUAACGAUGUUUAAACUUUCCAUACUUUGCACUGUUGUCUAAAACUCCUCUAUUUACUAAAUCUCUUAUGUAAUUGAAUUUUAUUGUUUAUCAUUCCAUCAUUAAAAGGGAUUUCAAUAGUAUUGAUAUUUUGAAUAAUAAGUACUUCUGAAAACAUUCCAUCAUGUGUAAAUAUUAGAAAGUGAGGAUACCAGAUUUAUACCUGAUAUUCUUUUUCCUCUCUAAAUAUGAGGUCGAUUGUUUUGCUCCGAGUAUGUAUUUUAAAUGGCAUUCACAGAGUAAUUGAUAUUUAUGCAGCCUUUUGUACAGUGUUUCAUAAGUCACUGCUUUUGUGAUUUAAUUAAAAUAUACAAAUGAAAUUA